AUGUCCGGCAUGCACUCCAGCUUCUCCAGCUCCAUCACCGGCGACAAGCAACACAGCUACGCCGUCCUCUCUGCCAUUCAGCAAGGCUCCGCCGCCCAGGGCUCUCAGACACAGUCCUUUUACGGCCAACAACAUCGCAAGGACUCCGACGCCGCCUCAAUCUCCAGCUUCGGCAGCUCCGUCACUCUUCUGAAGGACAAGCUGCACCGUUCUCAUGAUAACAAGGCCUCAUCCUCAAAAAAGUCUUCUUCCCUGAUUGCUCGCCAGCGCGCCGCUGGUGACGCCAGCGGCCAGGUCCUCCACAACCAAUCAGAAUACUGGUCCUCUUCCAUUCGCAACGACCUGUAG